GAGCAUGAAAGUUUUAGACAUGUUCAACUGACUGAAGUCGACCCUCAGCCACAUGCGUCAGACACUGACCUUUAAUGACUGAUACUCACCAAUUCGUCAUACUAGUCCCUUUUAGUGCAGACUACCGCGAAAGAAGUGUCUCAUGAGUGUGAUAUCAGACCACAUCAACUUGGCCAAAUUCAUGCGCACAAAUGCGCUCAACCACCCACAUAAUCCCGCCUCGCCGCCUACCCUCUCGUCCAAGCUUGGUGCUCAUUCGAACGCAGCUGUGGGCUGUAACAAAGAAGAACAGCCAACAAGAGUACCUCCUGCAUCUUCUAGUGGAACUAUAGUGUUAAAGAGUGGACCCACUCGGGAAAUGUGCCUGAUGCUUCAGAGUGGGGAGGAAGUGAACUUUGACAGAUUUCUCAAAUUCUAUCUGCCGCCUAAAAAUAUUGACUCCCUAGUUGACAAGACGCUAGAGGACAAAGUGGCGCUCACGUAUUCGAUAGUAUCCUAUUAUAAUCAACUGGCGGCCGGGGUGCAGCAGCCUCCCCCUGGUCACCUCAGCUUCCUAAGAGUGGACGGCGGAAGGCUCGAUGUAAAUGCGCCAUCUCCGAGAGCCGAUUCCACAGCCUCCCCAUCGCCGCUGCCUCAUUCGCUCAGACUGCCGAAUAUAAACACUUUUAACAAUGGAACCGGAGUGAUGCCAGACAGUAAUGAAAACAAUGCAAUUCAUAUUAACCAGGUAAACAAUUCGCAAUCUUUGGUUCCGACACAGAUCCAAAAGCUAAGCAAUACGAACAACAACAGUACCAAUAACAGCAUGAACGUGUCUUCCAUUUCAAAUAUGGCAUCAGGCGCUGUAAUAAAGAGCGAGGAUGCCCUAGCAGUAUCGACUAUAAGUAGCACAAUAGCCGAGAGUGAUCUGCUGCCUCGCAAACCGGGAAGACCCUCGAAUAAAAUUCCACGCGCGCCCAGGUUGAGUGGCAAGUAUGCUUGUUCACAUUGUGGCAAGGGGUUCCCUCAGAACUCACAGCUGGACCAGCAUAUGAGGGUUCACACAGGGGAGAAGCCGUACCCGUGUAAUGAGUGCGAUAGUCGUUUCAAGCAACUGUGUCAUUUGAAGCAGCACAUGAGAGCUAAGCACACUGGCGAGAGACCCUACCAAUGCAGGUAUUGUGACAAGAAGUUCGUCCAAAUGUGUCAUUUACAACAGCACGAGCGAAGCUCCAACCACAAAAACCACACAGAACUGAAUUUAAACGGAGAGGAGAAUGUGCGGUCGAGGAAAGUCACUCGUCCACGGAAGUCAACCGGAGGCGGGUCCAGUGAGAAUAACCCAAUCACGAACCUAAAUGGAACCAGUCUUCUGUCUGCAGCCUCGUUUUCUCUGGCGUCACAAGUCGUUCCAGUUAGACUCUCUGAAAUUAAUGGGAACCACUCGACAAUUUCCCUGCAACAGAACCAUAAUAGAACAUCAGCUCAAACUUCAUUAUUACUUCCGGCGCCACCAAAACUAGUGCCUUAGCUCACAAUUGUACUCCUCGUAUGUUCUGUCUAUUAUCUACAAUUCGAACUGAAAUUAAUAUGAAUGCUCGAUUGAAUUGAACUUGAUUUCUUUUUCUCGGGGCUAUGGCAACAAGUUCGUGUACAAGCUAUUAAAUAAAACCUCUAAUCAUUUUAAAAUCAAAAUGGAAAUGAGAAACCUCGAGUGGUUCAAAUUGCGUUGAGACCUUUGACCAUUUCUAUAUGGAAGUCGAAAUAAAAAUGUUUUCAUAAUGGAGAAUAUAAACUUAUUAGUUUUCAUCGCAAAUAUGCAACGGUUGAUAAAAGAAAGUUGAUUUUGCUUGUGUGCGAAACUUUUUCCAUGUCUCAUUCUUAUUUUUUGAUGAUCACUCGCGAAAUAGUUUCAAAUUUUGUCACGCAUUACGGUUUAAUCCAGAGCAGUAGCGUUUUAACUGCAUAUGCUGCGUAUUGUUUCGUAAUGACAUAGAUGUCGGAGUUGAAGUUCUGACAACUAGAUAAUUUAAUGCAUAAUCUAAUACAGUUUUUGUAUAUUCGUCUUGAUCUUAUUGAGAUUUACAUAUUUAGUCUGUAAAUUUUACAUAUAUAAUACUCAAAUGAAAUAUUUGGUCAUUGAUUUUUGAAGCGAUGAUACAUCUGUUCUUUUUAUACGUUAGCCGUUAGAAUUCAAUGAUUGAAUCUGU